AUGGUAGAUAGCAAGACACCUUAACAAAUUCUUUAUAUUGUGAAGGAAAGUUUGAAUGCUAGAGGAGCCUCAACAAUUAGAUCACUAGGCAGAGCAUUCAGAUCAAUUGAUUCAUACAACGGUGAUAGAAAGAUUGAUAAGGAAGAAUUCUAUGUUGGACUCAAAGAAUAUGGAGCCGAUAUUUCUAAGAAAGAAGCAGAAGUCCUACUCGAUUAUCUUGAUACUGAUAAAGAUGGAUUCGUCAACUACGAUGAGUUUUUGGUUGGAAUUAGAGGAAAACCAAACGCUAAGAGACAAACAUUCAUAGACAAAGCUUAUUUUAAAUUUGACAAGGAUGGUGAUGGCAGAAUUACAGCUGCAGAUUUGAGAGGAGUCUAUGAUUGUUCAAGUCAUCCUAAGGUUUAAUCAGGGGAAAUGUGUGAGGAAGAAGUAUAUGUUAAAUUUCUUCAGAAUUUUGGCGACAAAAAUAGAGAUGGAACUAUUUCUAGAGAUGAAUGGAAUGAUUAUUAUGCAGCUGUUAGUUCCAGCAUUGAUAAUGAUGAUCAUUUCAUAACUCUUAUGAUUACAGCUUGGAGACUUUGA